AUGAAUGAGAACGGGUAUAUUCUAGAUAUCAGAACGUUGAAGUUUACAAAAAUUAGAUUAGAGUCUAAAACUCGGGAAUUGCUUACUAUUGGAAGGAUUGGUAAUGCCAUUGCUGCGAAUAUAAUUGAGCUUUCAGGUGAAGAUAAGGAAAAACAAAACAGAUGUAUACUGCCACCGGUAUUUACAGAUAUUAACAAUGAUCUUACGUUUCCUUCGAGUCCUUUGGUAAAGCCAGUGAAUUUUCCAGAGCCGAAAAAUCCUGAGAAUAUUAGAGAACCUGAAUCUUUAGAUGCUUCUGUAUUGAAUGCCUCGAAUGGAAAAAGUAAUACGUCUGAUAUUGAUUCUAUACCACCCAUAUCUGCUACAAGUUCUUACUCAUUUAAUAUUCUGAAGCAGUUAAAUUCGCUGAAAUCUUUUGCUAUCAAUUCAGAUGCCUCAAAAAUAACACCCACGACUUCUACAAAAAGUAGUAGCAUCAUACAUACUACGGCAGGUCCUAAACUAACACAUGCAUUAUCCAAAUCAUCGAAAAUAUUCCAUAGACACCAAAAACAACCAAGUGGAGGUACCCCAAAAUCACCAACAAACCACCCUUUGAAGAAUACAUAUUCGAAUCAAGUAAGAGAUAACAGAUCAAAUUCACAAAAUAGUAGACCAGUAUCACCAAUACUAAUAGGUAACCCUAUGCCUAAAGCAAAUUCACAGAAGACGCCUAUGAAUUCUGUCAAUAGUAGUGUUGAUUCAAAACUUUUCCAGAACUCAAAUCAAAAUGACAAAAAGAAAGAUAACUUUUCAAAUUUGGAAAGUGAUCUGAAACAAUCGACCUCACUGAUUUCAUAUGUUAGCACAAAUGCGUCGCCUGCUAAAAAUGAAAGUCCAUUAAAUCUUGAAGAUGUUGGUUUCAAAACUGCUGAUAAUGAUAAUGGCUUCUCUUUUGACAGUCGAAGCAAAAAUGCAUCUUUCAACAAUCAGCAUAUUAAUAGGUCUCAAGAAGGAAGGGUCUCUGUAUAUAUUUUUGGAGGUUUUGAGUGCCAUGAAAACGAAUUUGGAUAUCAAACUUUUAGGGCGGUCAAUGAUUUAUUAAGGAUUGACAUCUCUUGUAAAAAAAUCAAGUUUACUGUCGGUUUUGAAGUUGAGGCUUCUAUCUCAACAGUUGGUUCAAAUGGGAUAUAUUCAAAAAUGGGUGAAAACUUGUAUUCAGAUAUUUGGCCUUCUCCAAGGGGUUAUUUUGCUUACUCCUUAAUCGAUCAUAACCAAACUACAGAUGAGAAUUGCUACUGGGACAUAGAAUCCCGAAAUCCAUUGCAUUCAGAAUCUGAUGACCAAGAUGACGAUCCAGGUUUUCCUAAUCGUUAUUCCAGAGCAAUGUCUCCUGUUUCAGAUAGCAUUUCCUCAAGCUCUACUUCGCUUCAAACCGCAAGUAGCAAAGGCAUGUCUACAAGAACACUCAAUUCAAAAACAGUUGAGGGUUUUUUUAAUGGCAAAGCUUUAUUAAUCCAAGGUGGAUGUAAUGAAAACUUUGAAACAUUUAGUGAAUUCUACAUUUUUGUCUUUGAAACAGGAAAAUGGCAGAGUUUAUCUACUUACGUUUAUGACUAUUUCAAUUCUCACAAGCAACCUUACGAGGAUGACGAUGCUUCCAUAUUCGUUAAGGAAAAUGAGGUCGCCAAUCCAAAGCUAGUAGAAGCUGAAUUAAGAGCCUGUCAUCAUAGCGCAUUGUAUUAUAAGAACGACGAAAAGGAUUACCUAUUCUUUGUUGGAGGAUUCACUAAUGAUUAUUUGAGAUAUUUCGAUAAUGAGCCUCAUACAAGUGAUAAAUUUGACGUUUCUAGGCUAAGUAAGCUACAAUUUGCACCUAUGAAUUCCAACACCCUUCGCGUUAUGGUGUUGAAUUUACAGACCCAAACAUGGCGAUUUCUUAAAUAUUACUACGAUGUUAGCCAUUCUACUCAUGAAAAUUUUUUGAAAAUAUUAAAUUCAAAUUCAGCUUGGAAGAAUGCAAGAAUUAGUAACUUUGGUGGUUGUGUUUCAUUAAAUGGCAAGGCAAUUACCAUUUGCCAUGGUAUGGCUUGCGCGGUCCCUGAAAAAAGAGAGGAUUUAGCGAAGUUGAAGUUAGACGUACCGGACACUUCAAUAUUAUGGGGUGCUCAUGUCAGAUUUUCCUUCCCUAGUUUGUAG